AUGGCUGAAAUUGGGGCAAAUCUCACCCUGGUCUCUGAGUUCCUGCUCCUGGGCCUCUCGGAGGACCCCAAGCAACAGCAGCUGCUGUUCAUACUCUUCCUGAGCAUGUACCUCGUCAUGCAGCUGGGUAACCUGUCCAUUAUCCUGGCCAUCGCCACUGACGUCCGGCUCCACACUCCCAUGUACUUCUUCCUGGCCAACCUGGCCUUCGUGGACAUUUGCUUCACCUCCACCACCAUCCCCAAGAUGCUGGCCAACCACGUGGCAGGACACAAAGGGAUUCCUUAUGCUGGCUGCCUGGCCCAGAUGUUCUUCUUCAUCUGGUUCGCCGGCAUCGACAGCUUCCUGCUGAGCGCCAUGGCCUAUGACCGCUAUGAGGCCAUCUGCCACCCUCUACACUAUGCCCUGUCUGUGACACCACAGCUCUGUAGCCUCCUGGUGGCAGCGUCCUGGACUGCAGCCUUCGGGAAUGCCCUGACCCACACAGUAUUACUGACCCGUCUCUCAUUCUGCACCCACAACCAGAUCCCCCAUUUCUUCUGUGACCUGAGCCCUCUGCUGAAGCUCGCCUGCUCUGACACCUUUCUCAACAAUGCAAUGGUAUACACUGUGGGCGCCCUGCCUAUCAUCACCCCCUUUGUGGGCAUCUUGGUCUCCUACACGUGCAUCUUUGCUGCAGUGUUGAGGAUACCGUCCACGAGAGGCAAGCGGAAGGCUUUCUCUACCUGUGGCUCUCAUCUCUCUGUGGUGUCCCUGUUCUACGGCACCAUCAUUGGGGUUUAUUUCAGCCCCAUGUCCUCCCACACAGCCCAGAAGGACACGGCCGCUGCAGUGAUGUACACUGUGGUCACUCCCAUGCUGAACCCCUUCAUCUACAGCCUACGCAACAGCGACAUGAAGGGCGCCUUGGGGGCCCUCAUCAGCAGGAGGCCAGUUUUUAUUCAGUGA